AUGUACUUUUGAGGGAGAAGCAGCAGCAGGUCUGUGAGUGUUGCUAACAGACGAGGCGAGUAGAGAGCAGCUAAAACCAUGGGACUGCUUUUGUUAGGAGUGUUGGGCUACUCCCUGGUCCUAUCUGUGCAUGGCAUGUACUCAGCUAGUGAUGAUGUUGUUGAACUUACCCCAUCCAACUUCAACAAGGAGGUGAUCCAGAGUGACAGUCUGUGGCUGAUUGAGUUUUAUGCUCCCUGGUGUGGCCACUGUCAAAGUCUCACUCCAGAUUGGAAGAAAGCAGCCACUGCCCUCAAGGGUAUUGUCAAGAUUGGUGCUGUAGAUGCGGACCAGCACAAGUCCCUUGGAAGUCAGUAUGGCGUCAGGGGUUUCCCAACCAUCAAGGUCUUUGGAGCCAAUAAGAACAAGCCAGAGGAAUAUCAAGGUGGACGCAGCAGCCAGGCCAUUGUGGAUGGAGCCAUAAAUGCUUUGCGCUCUCUGGUGAAAGACAGGAUGAGUGGCAAGUCGGGCGGCUCCAGCUACAACAAACAGAGUGGAGGAGGCAGCGGCAGUAAGAAGGAUGUAGUUGAACUCACUGAUGACAACUUUGACAAGAUGGUGCUGGAGGGUGAUGAUGUGUGGUUGGUGGAGUUCUUCGCCCCCUGGUGUGGACACUGCAAGAACCUGGAGCCUGAGUGGGCAGCUGCAGCUACAGCUGUCAAGGAGCAGACCAAGGGCAGAGUUCGCCUUGGAGCUGUGGAUGCUACUGUACAUCAGGGUGUGUCCAGCCGCUAUGGGAUCCGUGGCUUUCCCACCAUCAAGAUAUUCCGCAAAGGUGAAGAGCCCGAGGACUACCAAGGAGGUCGCUCCCGUGGUGACAUCAUCGAGAGAGCUUUGGAUCUGUUCUCUGACAAUGCCCCUCCUCCUGAGUUAGUGGAGAUCCUCAGUGAAGAUGUCCUGAAGAAGACCUGUGAGGACAGUCAGUUGUGCAUAAUUGGUGUCCUGCCACAUAUCCUGGACACAGGUGCAUCUGGUAGAAACGGCUAUCUGGAUGUGAUGGUGAAGAUGGCUGACAAGUACAAGAAGAAGAUGUGGGGCUGGCUGUGGACUGAGGCAGGAGCUCAGAUGGAUCUGGAGGCGUCUCUGGGUAUCGGUGGAUUUGGCUACCCUGCCAUGGCCGCCAUCAACACACGCAAAAUGAAGUUUGCUCUGCUCAGGGGUUCCUUCAGCGAGGCUGGCAUUCACGAGUUCCUCAGGGAACUUUCUGUCGGUCGUGGCUCAACGGCUACGCUGGGAGGUGGGAACAUGCCCAAGAUUCACACUGUUGAAGCCUGGGAUGGCAAAGACGGACAGCUUCCUGUGGAGGAGGACUACGACCUCAGUGACGUAGACCUGGAUGAUGACUUUGACAAGGAUGAGUUAUGAGCCCAAGCGAGGCGGGAUCUUAUCCAGGCUGGUUUGAUCUGGUCUGGUUCCUGUGCGACCCACCUCCCCUCUCCUGUGGACGAAUGGGAGGCCAGGCUGCUCAGUUACUGAAAUACUCCAGAAAAGACACAUGAGAGACACCUGCAGUUUCUCACAUCAUCUUUGUCAGUCACACAGAGAUAGGAGGGGAGGGGAGGGGGGGGAGGGGGUGUGAUUCGUGUCCCUGGAGUGAACUCUGCCUCACAUACCUGCUGAACGUUACAAGCUGCACAUUUAUAUUGCUGCCGCCAGCUGAGGAGAGGAGGGAGGAGGUUCUGAAUGUGUCAUUUCAAUUGUUCAUUCAAGUCUUUUUCAAACAUUCUUCUCUCUCCCCUCUUCAGCCACGCUCGAGCACCUAUUUUAAGAUGUGGACUUGUCAAAGUAACACUUCAAUGUCCAACCUGAUGUGACUAAAUUUUUUUUUUUGUCUCUUUUUAAACCAUUACUGUACAGGACAAGGGGAUACUGUGGGACUUCUUGUGUAGAUUUUUCUUACACGACUUUAUUUCAAUUGUGUGAAAACAAAAUGACAUUUUUGUUAAAAAAAUAAAAAGGAAUAAAAACAA